CCAUUAACAACAACAAUUGUGGUAAAUGUAAACAAACAAAAAACUGGACAAAAGAAAACUGGACAUCGGAAAACCGGAUAGAAUUGUACUUUCUGAUGGAAUUGCUCUAGUUUCUAAAGAAAAAGAUGGAAAAAUAAAAUAUUAAUAUUUUCAAUUAUUUAUUUGAUAAUUCAACGCUCAAAAAAUGAGAGCUAUAUUAAAAUGGAUUGAUAAAGUUGAAUUUCCAAAUACGAAAGAUGAAGAUAUCAGUAUCCAUUGUGCAUGCUACAAUCCUGAUGGUACGCAGUUAAUUGUGGCUGCUCGUGAGCGUGUUUUAGUGUAUGAUCCAAAAGAUGGUACUCUAUUGAACACGUUAAAAGCCCACAAAUAUGUCGUUAAUUGUGUUGCUUAUGCCAGAGAUGGCAAAAAAUUUGCUAGUGGAGCCGCAGACAAAACAGUAAUUGUUUGGUCACCACAACUGGAGGGUUUAUUAAAAUACUCUCAUGGAGACUCUGUGCAGUGCAUGAGUUUUAAUCCAAUUUCACAUCAUUUGGCCUCAUGUUCUACAUCGGAUUUCGCCUUUUGGUCAUCGGAUCAAAAAGCUGUUCAAAAGUACAAAAUACAUUCCCGUGUCAAUGCUUGUUGUUGGACUAACGAUGGUCAAUAUCUUAUUUUGGGUUUGGCAAAUGGUUCUAUUACUAUACGUAAUAAAAGUGGAGAAGAAAAAGGUCGAAUUGAUCGCCCUGGUGGUGCAUCUAGCGCUAUUUAUGGCGUACAAUGCUGUCCCGCAACAGCAGAGCCCAAUAUCGACACUAUAGCUGUAACCGAUUGGAGUCAAAAUUUAUCAUUCCAUACCCUAGGCGGUCAAAUGAUUGGCAAGGAGAGAUCUUUAGGUUUCGAUCCUUUAUGCUUGUCCUACCUCCCAAAUGGCGAAUAUUGUUUGGUAUCUGGCUGUACUGGUAAUGUUCAUUGCUUUACACGCGAAGGCGUUCGUUUAGGUAUUUUAGGUGAUACUGUUGAUACUUCGUGGAUUUGGUCGGUGGCCGUACAUCCUAGCGGGCAAUCCUAUACAAUCGGUUGCCAAAAUGGAACCUUAUCCACCUACAAUAUUGCCCUGACCACAGUGCAUGCCUUGUACCGUGAACGUUAUGCAUUCCGGGAGCAUAUGUGUGAUGUUAUUAUUCAACACUUGAUAUCAGGUCAGAAAGUCCGCAUUAAAUGUCGUGAUCUAGUACAAAAGAUUGCUAUAUAUCGACAAAAGUUGGCAGUUCAGUUGCCAGAGCGAGUAGUUUUGUAUGAAUUGAAUUCUGUUGAAGACCAACCAAUGCAUUACAAGGUAAAGGAAAAAAUUCAAAAGAAAUUCGAUUGCAGUUUAUUGGUAGUAUGUGCCUGUCACAUUGUACUGUGUCAAGAUCAAAGAUUGCAGUGUCUGGAUUUUAAUGGUGUCUUGCAGAGGGAAUGGUUAAUGGAUUCAUUUAUACGAUACAUUAAAGUUAUAGGGGGGCCAGCUGGUCGAGAAGGUUUAAUGGUAGGAUUAAAAAAUGGCAAGGUUUAUCGCAUCUUUCUUGAUAAUGCGUUACCUUUGUUGAUAACUUCGGCUGUAUCGGCGGUUCGUUGUUUAGACGUCAACGCAAAUCGCACUAAAAUUGCAGUGGUUGAUGAUGGUGGUCGUUUAGUGGUCAGAGACAUUUAUAACGAUACUCUCCUGCACCAAGACACAGGAGUAAAUUCAGUAACAUGGAAUACUCAUUUGGAUUCAAUGUUGUGUUACACUCACACCACAGGAGGUCUUUCGGUUAGAGUAGGCAAUUUGCCACCUAGAGCUCCGCAACAAAUGAUAGGUGUUGUUGUGGGCUUAUGUGGAGCUACAGCAUUCUGCUUAAGGGGAAAUGUUAUGCACAAUGUUCCAUUGGCUCUGGGAGCAACAAUGUGGCAAUUUAUAGAAGCUGGCUUAUUUGAGGAAGCAUUUCAAGUGGCCUGCUUGGGAGUAACUAAUGCUGAUUGGGAGGGUUUAGCUAAAUCAGCUUUGGAAGCCUUACAUCUUAAUAUUGCCCGUGAUGCUUACGUUAAAAUACGAAAUUUACCUUGGCUUCAACUUAUUGGAGAUUUAAUGGAGAAACAAAAACGAGGCCAAGUUCCCAAAGAGGUUUUACAAGCUGAAAUUUGUGCCUAUUCGGGUAAACAUAAGGAAGCUGCAAGAUUUUUCGAAAAAUGUUCCCUCAGUAUAAAGGCUUUGGAAAUGUAUACAGAUUUGAGAAUGUUUGAUUUGGCGCAAGAGUUCAUUAGAGAUGGUAGUGCAGAAGAAAAGAAAAAUCUUGUUCGUAAAAGAGCCGAAUGGGCUUAUUCCGUAAAGGAGCCCCGAGCUGCAGCAGAACUAUUGUUAAGUGUAGGCGAACAUCAAAAGGCCAUCGAAAUUGUAUCCGAACAAGGAUGGGCCGAUGUUCUCUAUGACAUUGGUAGACGAUUAAGUCAAAGCGAAAAAGAGUCUUUGGAAUUGGUGGCCUUUAAUUUGAAACGAUUAAAAGCAUUACCCCUAGCGGCAGAAGUAUUUAAAAAACUAGGUAAUGAGGCCGAAGUAGUACAAUUACAUGUAGAAGCUCAUGAUUGGGCAGAAGCAUUUCGUUUGGCUGCCGAUAUGCCAGAUAUUCUACCUCAAGUACACUAUCAACAUGCACAAUGGCUGGCGGAAAAUGAUCAAUUUAUAGAAGCUCAUGAAGCUUACUUAAAGGCAGGACGAAUUAAAGACGCUAAUCGUUUGUUAAAACAAUUAAGCAAUUCGGCUAUAGAAGAGGAGCGUUUCUUAGAUGCUAGUUAUUUUUAUUGGCUGCUUUCUAAGCAAUACUUGGAUAUUUAUUAUGACAAAGAAGUACAAAAUCCCAUUGAUUUUCAUUUGAAGGAAUAUCAUUCUCAUUUGCGAGUAGCAAAAAUCUAUUACGCUUACAGUGUAAUAUAUAACUAUAUGAAGGAACCCUUUACAACAUACUCACCAGUAAGUCUUUUUAAUGUUUCAAGAUUUAUUCUAAAUGAGGUAGAAUAUAAAGGUGCGCCAAAAGGAGUAAGCAUGUUUGCUGUUCUGUUUACCUUGGCUAAGCAGGCCAAAUUUCUACAAGCCAACAAAUUGUGUUUGGUGGUCAAUAAGCGUUUACAAUCCCUUAAGCCUCCCUCUGGAGUUCAGGAACAAAUUGAUAUAAAUUAUUUAAACAGUAAAGCAUGUAAAAGUGGUUUUAAUGAUCCUGAAGAGUUAUUGCCUCUAUGCUAUAAGUGUUCGAAUUAUAGCCAACAUUUAAAUGGAAAUUCCUGUCCUACUUGUCGUCAGGAUUAUAUAUUUUCAUUUAUAUCAUUCGAAAUAUUACCAUUAGUAGAAUUUUACCCGGAAAUGGACAUUACUGAUAACGAAGCUGAACAUUUACUCUUAGCUCCACCCAAAACCAAUGAAGAUCAAGAUCCAUUUAAUGAGGAUACGGCGAGUGCCUUACCAUUAAGUUUAGAUCGCAGUGCCUUACGUUCUAUAGAUCCAAAUCAUGUAUUAAUUUUAAAACGUCGUUCUAAAGCAAAUAGUAAAUUUAUAUUUUAUCGCAAUAUUUUGCCAGACUUACAAGUUACAUAUUGUCCUGAAUGUUUGCUGGUCUUUUAUGCCGAGGAUUUCGAGUUGCAAGUUUUACAAAAGGGCUUUUGUCCAUUUUGUCGCACAGCCGCGGAAAAACUAUUUGAAGAUUAUUAAAUUUUUAGCUUAAAUAUAUUUAUUGUUUAUAUAAAUUUAUAUUUAUAAAUAAAUUUGUACUAUUUAAGACCAAGUUUCCUCUUGA